AUGCAUUUGCAAUAUUUGAUUUGCUUUAUGGUGAUUGGCACCGUCUUUGCUAGGCUUGGUGUGAAGCAUCUACAAGAAGCCCAGGAAAUGCAGGUGUCCAAUGAGGAAGGUGACCAGUUUAUCAUAAACCCGGAAGGCCCAUUUAACUUGCUGCGGGGAUACAUCUAUCAUAAAAGUGGAUACAUCCAUAAUAAGCGGCAGUUUUCCCCAGAAAUAAGCAUAAACUACAAUAUAUCAGGAAAGAAAUCCUUAUUCAGAAACUUAUAUGACUACAAUUAUACGAGGCUGCACCAUAGUGAUAAAGUGUAUUACAAUGAAAAUGGACCGUACCCAAAACAGGAAAAGGACACAGAGCAAGAAAAACUGAAAAAAUACAUUAUUGACUACCACAGCAAACUUGUUGAAAUGUUCUCAUUAAAUGACACCCAUGUGACAAUUGAGGCAGGAAGGUACGAUUCCUUAACCAAGUUUUUGAGGUACCCACCAGUUAAGGCUUGGUCUAACCACAUUCUAGCCGCUCUUCUGUUGCUUUCUGAGGGCAUAGACGUCCCUCUGGAGUGCGUGCAGGAGAUGCCACAGCAGCAUUUUCUUGUUCUAAAAAAGAGAAACUCUGACGAGAACUACUUUUCAAUUCAGAUAAGUGUGCCAGGGUAUAGUUCUUCUAGUCCAAGAUAUAACCCGCAUGUUCCGCAGAUUGAAGCCAAGAACAUCAUUGAGUUCUUUAUAAAGAACAGAGGGUGCCCGUUUCUAAAGAAAUCUGGAGUUUUUUCAGACCCAGCAACCUUUGAAGAGUUUAAGAAUGGAUAUUUCCUGAAUAGCACGCGAUUCUUAAUACAGACCUAUAUCUUUGAGUUUAUUGACAAUCCAGCAGAUCUUAAGGAGUUCAUUACUGCUGGAUACAGUUUACUGCAGGACUACAUGCAAAAUGAUGCAGCUGGAAAAAAAAAGAAAAAGAGAAUGAUGAACAUAUUUAGUCGGUACUUCAUACCCGCACAGAAUUUAGGAAGCUCUUUGGAGUACUUUCAUAUAGCAGACACGCUUAAAGAGCUUAAAGACAGUAAAAAAAUACUUCCUUUCUACUCAGAAGAGGAGAUUCCUGUCUACUGCAGGAUACCAUGCUACAAACAAAAAAAGGGCAUAUUUACUACAGACUAUGCAGAAUAUUUUGCAAACUGCGGUGAAACAGUCCUUCUGAAUCUAUUCUGCUGCUUGCUGUACAACCCAAUGACCAAACAGUAUACAACACAGCACAUAACAAAUCCGUCUGCAGAUUUAGUUGAGUUCUUCUCUGUCUACAGCACACCUGUAGAGUCUAGCAGUAUGGAGAUGCACAUGGCCUGGUGUAAAGUCGUCUCAGAUCGAAAAAGGAAAAGCAUCAAAUACCGGAGCAAAACAUACGAAAUAGCAAGCGGCAUUAUCAAUAUGCUUCAUAUAAUCACAGACCUAACAGGAAUCUAUGAAGAGAGAAGUGAAGUGCUUGAAUCACUGUAUGAGAGAGUCUUUAAAAGAGAACAAUUGGAGGGUCCGCUUUUGAAAGAAAUCUUAGACCAUACAGAAAGUAUUUUCAAGGAAAUCGCCUGGAAUAAAUCCACUCGUGUGGACAUGAAUGGCGUACAUAGAGUAUACAGGUCAGAUGGAAAUCUCGAUAUUGUUGGAAACGUCACUAUAUAUGCACAGCACGAUUCAAUGGAGUCUAUUGCCGCUAUACGCAUAAGUACUGGGCACUCUUUCCUUAGUAUAUCGCCGCCUCCCUACGAGUUCUCUGAAGACGAGAAUUCUUUGCUGUGCUCUCUGCAAAAAAAAGCACUUGAAAAGGACAGUUUCCUUGGGUAUGCCUUUGCGCAGUAUAUUAGAAGGCUAAGACCUCGCUGCGAGGAUGGCAAGGACGAGCUGGCUUUCCCGUGCAUACAAAAUGAAAUCCUUGAAGUAGUAAGAAACAACUAUGAAAAUAUGAACAGGCUUCUGCUCCUAAACAAAAUAUCCAUACUGGGUGUAGCACGCGAUAUGGUGGAAGGCUGCAUGAUACUCACGUCCAGGGCAGAAUUGACUCCACGCCAUCCUAUAAUCCGAUUUACCUCGAACAUAAUAGGAUGCAUGAACCUUACAAAGUCAUGCAUUCAGGCAUUUUUAUUGCCCUCUUUAAUAUACUCAAACAACGCACACCUGUUUAGACGUAUUAGCCUGCCUUUUGAAAGAUGGAGAGAGAUUAUUUUGGACCCAAAAGAGCACAUAAAUACGUUCGAGCGCAUUAUACAUGCAGAUAACCCAGAAUUUUUAGUUUCUGCAAUAAGGCUAUACACGCAGAUAGAGAAAAAAGGAGCACUAAGUGCGCAGAAUCCACUGAUUGAAAAAAGUCUUAACAAAGGAAUAUUCAAAUGUCUAUUCAAGAAUAACACAGUUGAAUAUGCACAGAUGCUGACAGACUGGAUAGAUUCAUACUACCAGGUGAAUAGAAAAGAAGUACAUGCUGUAGUAAACUACAUCUGGAUGAUAUAUGCAUGUGAGGAAAAGAGUGAGCAACCAGAGCUUAUUAUAAGUCUGGCUGCAAUGAUUAAUAAGAGUAUAUAUUUACAUGUAUUUAGAUGUCUUGAUAUUUCAGACCCUGCUAAAAUAGUCCGUGUGCUUACUUCUUUACAAGACUCUUUUAAAGAGAAAAAUCUACGAGUGUGUAAUAUUUUGGAAGAGACCGUGCAAUAUAUUGCUUCUCUGUGCGCAUAA